UCGGUCCUUGACUACGAGAAAGAUACCGACUGUUCAGUACGAGGUGGCUUCCACGACCGUUAAGGACACCGAGAGCGCGUCGUUCUGACGAGAACGACGACGGCAACGACGGCGACGACGACAAAGAGGAAGACGAGGACGAGGACAACUGUCACGGGCAUUGCACUCGUUGCUCGUCAUCCUCUGCUACUUCCGUCACGUUUCUUCGUUAGGUUCUCGUAUCCAUCUUAUCAUCUUCCUUCGCGCGAUUCCUUGCUUUUUCAUGGUUGUUUCAUCGUUUUCGAACAAGUUUCACGUAACUGUGAAUGGUCGACGCGCGACAGUGAUCGACAAGAAGCCGUCGAAUUGUUCACGGACCGUUUUUCACCUGCGACGCUUGGAACGUGCGCGAGUGGUAGAAAGACGUUCGAAGAUCACAAACAUCGUUUGGUGCACCUGUGAAGAACUGUACUGAUCGACACGAUCGGUAUCAGUGCCAUAGGCGAAGCAAAAUUUCGAGAAGGAAGGAAAAGCAGCAGCAGAGUAGCAGCACGCUUGGUGAGUUGGGUGAAAAUCGAUGGCCAUCAGUGCCCAUGGGCGGCCUCGCGUUUAGAACAAGGAAUAGCCCCUCCCAGAAGACCUCGCUCCGGUGGGGCGACUGCUGCCCCCCAAAUCCCAACCCUCCGUCGUCGUCGGCCGUCUGGAAGGACCGUCAUCAGGACAUGCCGCCGGUACCCGUGUGAGGCUGUCCCCCACUACUUCGUGAUUGUACCCCGCGGGGUCUUCAGAGGUAUCCGAAUCUCCCAAAAUCAGAUCGACCGCCAUACCUCUCGGACUUGCGUCUCCGUCAGUUCGAGUUCACGCAAGUGGACCCGUACUCUCCGAAGAUGAUCAACAUAGCGGGUCUCGUUUCAAUCAUCCUGUUCUACGCGCUUAUCCUAGCCGUAGGAAUAUGGGCGGCCAGGAAAAAGGAAGCUGGCAACGACUCCGAGGAGGAAGUGAUGCUGGCAGGUCGUUCCAUCGGUCUGUUCGUCGGAAUAUUCACGAUGACAGCGACCUGGGUCGGUGGUGGAUACAUCAACGGCACCGCCGAAGCUAUUUACACAAGAGGUCUGGUUUGGUGUCAGGCUCCGUUCGGAUACGCCCUUAGCCUCGUUUUUGGUGGUAUAUUCUUCGCGAACAAAAUGCGAGAACAGGGGUACGUCACGAUGUUAGAUCCUCUUCAAGAUGCGUUUGGCGAACGUAUGGGAGGUCUUCUGUUUCUUCCUGCCCUCUGUGGCGAGGUCUUCUGGGCCGCAGGUAUUCUGGCAGCUUUGGGUGCGACGUUAGCGGUCAUCAUCGACAUGGAUCAGGGAACCUCGGUCAUUUUGAGUGCCUGUAUCGCAGUUUUCUACACACUCUUUGGUGGUCUUUACUCUGUUGCUUAUACCGAUGUUAUUCAACUUUUUUGCAUCUUCAUAGGCUUGUGGAUGUGCAUUCCUUUCGCUUGGACCAAUCCAAAGGUACAAUCCCUUAAAUCCAUGGACGUGGAUUGGAUUGGCGAAGUGAAACCAGGAGAAUAUUGGUCCUACGUAGACUAUGGGCUUUUGUUGAUAUUUGGUGGCAUCCCUUGGCAAGUGUACUUUCAACGGGUCUUAUCUUCGAAAACGGCUGGAAGAGCGCAAAUGUUGAGUUACGUAGCUGCGGUAGGCUGUAUUCUCAUGGCAAUCCCACCUGUUCUAAUUGGUGCAAUCGCCAAAGCAACGCCUUGGAACGAGACAGGAUACACCGGUCCAUAUCCUUUCACCGAGGCAGAAACAAGCAUGAUUCUACCGAUGGUUUUGCAGUAUUUGACGCCAGAUUUCGUUUCCUUUUUUGGGUUAGGCGCAGUAUCAGCAGCAGUGAUGUCUUCAGCGGAUAGUAGCAUCCUUUCGGCUAGUUCCAUGUUCGCCAGAAACGUUUAUAAAUUAAUCUUCCGUCAGAGGGCGUCGGAAAUGGAGAUCAUCUGGGUGAUGAGAGUGGGAAUAGGCGUGGUCGGCAUAUUGAGCACAGUGAUGGCAUUGACGAUACCCUCGAUCUACGGCCUCUGGUCGAUGUGCUCGGACUUGGUCUACGUGAUCCUCUUCCCUCAGCUGUUGAUGGUGGUCCACUUCAAAGAAUACUGCAACACUUACGGCAGUCUAGCUGCUUACAUAAUAGCCUUCGUUGUGAGGAUUAGCGGUGGCGAGCCGUUAAUGGGUUUGCCCGCGCUCAUUCACUAUCCGGGGUACGACGAAGAGACGAACACUCAAGGGUUCCCCUUCAGGACAAUGGCGAUGCUGAUGUCGUUGGUGACGUUGAUAAGCGUGUCGUACGGCACGCAAGUAGCCUUCCUGACGGGCAGACUGGCGCCUGGAUACGACUUCUUCAGAUGCGUGGUCAACAUACCGGAAGACGUCGAAAGAGUCGGACCAGAUCCAGCGGAAGGCGAACAAAUGGCUGUCCUAGCUGCCGGUAUUGGCAGACUUUACGGUAGCAAAGACGAAUCGAACGGCCGAGUUAAUCCUGCGCUCGAGCCGGACUACGACAUGGAGCCGGGAUGUAAGAUAGCCGGGGAAUCGGAUGGCGUCGUGGCCGGAAGCGGUGGAGGUGGAGGUAGAGCGCACCUAGUGCCUCAUGGACCGAACGUGCCACGACAGCCGCAAUCCAGCACCGCGUUCUAAUUCCUGGUUCCGUGAUCGGAUGCUGUGACCAACAAUAAGUGCGGCGGUGCAGGUCCGUCUUCUGUUCUUCUUCUUUUCCUUCAGUCUUUUAGUUCUUUUCGUUUCUUCCUUCUAUACCUCAUUUCCAACUCCUUUCGAGAGUUUCUAUAUCUGGGAACGGUGUUUUGCAUGAGCAGAUAAAGAGAGGGCACAAAUGCGUGUCAGAGCAUUCGUUGUGAAAUUGCCUGAAACGUCAAUUUAGAUUUUUUAUAAUGUAAAUGAAUAUACAGCGAACAGUUUUUAUCGAUCGAGUUUGUUGCUAAGAUUAAUUUUGUACGGGAUCAAACGUAUGAUCGUUAAGUAUUAUUUCGCGCGAUUAUUCUCCUCGUUGAAGAGAACUUUGUCGAAGGAUAGAAAUCUUGAUUCUGUUACUUCGGUUUCCCAAUUUGCUUUCACGUUUCUUCACCCUUCCUCCUCUCCUCACAUCUAGGAAGCUCCGAAACAUGCCAAUCUGCUCCAAGUUCUUCACGAAUCUUGUUUCAUGGUUGUGUUUAUACGUAGCUACAGUUAUAUAGUGAUGUGUACCUGUUUAAGAAUGCUCAUGCGUUCUCUUUAAUAGUGAAAGCAAUAGAAGAAAGGAAAUGUAUAAAAGUGGUCGAAUGAGCGCGAAAAUGGAACUGGAAGGAAAGUGCAAUACUCUUAAAUAUCGGAGCUUCUUGGAUAGUUGGGCGAGGUAAUUUCAGCCUGUACCGCCAAUUAGGCCUAGUAAUCUGUUUCCUUUUUGAGAAAUAUACACACAAACAUACACACACACACACUUACACUUAUACGUAUAUAAAUUACAUUUAUAUACAAUUAUAUAUGUGCGCGUACGUAUGUAAUUGUGUAUAGACAUAUCAGAAAUUUAGAGUUUAUUAAACUGCUUGGGAAAACCAGCGUCUUGAUGCACGACCGAUUCGUCCUCGUUACCAUCAAGCGUAUUUCAGAAAUCGUGAGAACGCGAGGGGAAAGCAACGAGAUCAUCGAGAGCUUCAAUGUCGGCUGAAACAGUUCAUCAGACACUGACUUUGGACGAGCGGCUAUCGUCGGAUAGGAUAGAAUCUAUAGAUGAACGUUACAUGCAAAGUUUUUAGAACGAGUUAAAUUAGACGGAUCACGUUAUCGUUUAGUCCUCUUCCACGUGCAUCGUUCCACUUUCUUCGUCUUAUUCAUUGCCAUGAUAUUAGUAUUUAAUAAUAUACGGUCAUCGGUUAGAGUCCAUCUUAGAAUCUCGAUGUUAGAAAAAAAAAAAUAAAAGUAAGAAAGAAAUAAAAAGACGUUAAGAGGCUUUUGUACUUGCGACUCAUCGUUCUUCCCUUGCUUAAUCUGACUGGAAACAUAGUCAAUACAUACGAUGCAUGCACGUUCGUUUAUACUGUAAAAAAACGAAGCGGAGUUAGGCGUUAUAAAUUAGCAUGUCACGUAGCCGCUCGUAGAACUCGAGAUUUUUCGUGACUCACGCGUUAAAGCUACCGGGGUCAGCCAACUCGAAUUUUUCUUUUGCAUCGAUGAUAGUGAUUUGAAGGCAUGUAAAUCUCAGCUCAAUCAACGAUACAGGGCCCGAUGUUAUAUUCGAAACCACAGUUUUAUCCUUUAUUUAUUCGAUGUACGACUGGCCUCGGAGUUAGAUCGAAAGGUUCGAUAAAAUUUUGCCUCGAUAAAUUCUCGAUUUUUAUAAAAUUCUUACGUUCGUCUGAUAAGCACAAUGAAUCGUAAAACUAUAAACGCGAUACAAAAAUUAGGAAAUCGUAAAUAUCGUAAAUGUAGAUCACGAUGUAAGACGACAUCGUAAUUAUUAAAAGACAUCAAUUGAACUUAAAAAAUAAAAUAUUCGAUUUGAUAAAUAUCAUACCGGUUAAAAGUUCUCGCAUAAAUAUUGCACCGAUUAACUCACAUCUUUGUACUAACUCAUUUCUAAACGUCCAUAAACGGCAUAAACGAAUAAACUAACGAUCGAACACGAUGCGUGAGUGAACGGAUGAUCGUGUAUACAAAUCGGUCGUAGCACAGAUUCGUUGUGUUUAUUAUAUAGUAUAUAUACAUAUAUAUAUAUAUAUAAAAUGUAUAAUAUAAUUAACAUUAUCGGCAUUAAAAUGAAUUGCGAGUGAAUUAGCAAUAUGGAACAGAAGAGAAAAAGAAUCAGAUUUCUCGACGCAUGUAUACAUAUGUACACACACACACACACACACACACAUACACACACACACACGAAGACUAAAGUCGUAGUUUUUAAUGUCGCUGAUGCGAAUUAUCGCAGUUGCUGUUAAUUUUGACGAUUGAUUUAUCGGGUAGGUUUAUCGUUUAACGUAGCUGUUACGUUGUUCACGAAGGCCACACAGUAAUGCCUAUGUAGUAGAAUUAUUGCUCGUUAUAGUUGCUCAUCCCAUUCUUUAUCGCCAAAAGAAAAAAAAAAAAAAAAAAAGAAAAAAGAAAAAAUGUAACAGAGAAAUCGAGAGCAAGUGGUGUGUGUAUAAUUGUUAAGCGAGUAGUUCCUACUCAGUCUCCGAAUUUCACAAUGUUUUCCCACGUCCCUGAAUAUCCUUCUUUGACGGUCGAAAGUUUCGUUGGACGAUGAACGGUGAACGUAAUUGAAGAGAAACAUAAGCGGAACCUCUUAACGAGUUUCUCAUUUACCGUUUUCGGUAAUGAAUAUUCAUGGAUAAACGUAUGAUCGUUACAUCUACAAAAACGCGCGCGAGAAUUAAUUUUUUUUGCGAAACAAAGCGUAUGCGAGUUUUUCUUACCUGUCACGCGAACGUCCAGGCUCUUUCGACGCUUGUCUCGAACCUUCUCAUUGGUUGUCACGGUCGAUCGCAAUCAUUUUACGCGACUCAAGCGAAUAACGCACACAAUGAAAUCGUAGCAGUUUUACGCAAUUAUUUUAAAGUAGACGUGAAUCGUCGUUGGAAAUAAGCAAACUCUCAUCCGUCGUUAUCGUUUACCAUCCUCCUUCCUAACUAGGGGUAUUCAAUCAUUAGAAUGUGGUCGUUUUGCCAUGACAACCACAGGGUUAAAAGUUACACGCGGAUUAUUCAUUUAACCUGUCAGAUCUUAGGAAGCAUCUUCUUAAUCACGAGGUAACGGUAUAAGAAAAUAACGACGUUAGUUCCGUACGGAAGUAGCUUUUAAGCGUACGCUGACGUAGAAGAUGUAGCGCUCGUUAAGCGAGGCAUCUUUGCACGACCAACGGUGGUGAAAUUACAUCUAGACAAAUGACAGAGGGAAGAGAAUGUUUCCUGUGCAUCACGAUGUAUACACAGACGCAUCUUCUAUGUGUUUCCAUUCGGUUGCUGUCAACAGACAGAAGACUUUCACUCGGCUAUUAAGUCCGCGAUGAGUUGGCUGGUUAAGUCAAGCUAUUCGCAGACAACGGAGAGCGGAAUUAUCGUUAUUAUAUCGCCAAUGUGGCCACUUUGUAUCUGGUAACCGCGUUCUUUUCACUAUCUCCUUUUUACAACCAAAAACAGAAUUAGACGAUCGUAAAACGUUCCUUUGCGGAUGAUCGGAAUUGCACGUAGCUCAGACUGAAGGAACAAUUAGGCAAGAAACAACAAAAGAAAAAAAGAAUUCCGGGUUCAAUGAGUUUGCUUGGUUUUAUGCUGGCUCAUCGUUGAAAGAUUUUACGCUGUCAAUGAGAUACGUACGCCGCAACGCGAAACCGAAGAUACUUCAACUGAGGAAGAAUACAAAUUACACGCUCAGAAUUGCCUAUAUUAUUUCAUCGCCAGUAUUUUAAUGAUACGAUAGACAAAGUUAUUUUUUAUGAUUUAUAAUAGUUACCGUAUAUCAUCUCGAUUCUCGAUAGAAGCUGAAUUUCUGAUCGUAUAGACCAUAUAAAAAGGAUCUCGUUUGAGACGACAGGUUAAUGUAAUAAUUCAUAGCAUAUCUUGGUUCGUUAAUUCAGCCUGUUCCAUCGAAACGACAUACCGUGUAAGAGGAAAGAAGGAGAAUCUCGCGAUAUGCGAAUGAAUAUUGUUGCGUAGAUAAAUCUAUAUGAUAAGAUCCGAUGUAUUUCUAGUGGCAUACGUGUUAAUUAUGAGACAGCCACUGUCACGUACAUAUCAAAUACCAUGCAUUGUAAUCAACGAUGUAACGGAAAAUCUAUACAUAUCAUGAUGCGUGCUCUACAUUAUACAUACAUAUAUUAGGUACACUAGCGUUUAAGGUAAGGAAGUACGUAAGAAGGGGAAAAACAUGAUAAAAAAUAUAUAUAAGACAUGUAUAUAUACGUAUUAUAUAUAUAUAUAUAUAAUUAUAUAUAUAUAUAGCGUGGUUAUCCUCUCGCAAAAAGAGAUCGAUGGUUUCGUAACUCCACAGAAUUAGGGAGACCCUCUUCAUUUUUUGCGAGCGACGAGUGUCUCCUUAAUUUCUCUUUAAUUUCGGGUGUACUAUCCAGCGAUCUGGCAGGAGCAGAAGAGAAACGAGGGCUCGCGUGUAUCGCGAACGAAUUAAAAAGCGAAGAAAAAAUGUGCGAACAAUGGGCUGUCUGAACGCCGAACGCGAAACGAAAGGUUCAAUCGAGCUAGUGAUGCGAACUCGUUACUAUAAUAAUACGCAGCGUUACGGAAACGCAGUGUUCCACAAUUACUCACCUGCUUUGAAACGGAAUCGCGUACCUAAUGUUAUUGUAACUUUCGUCCUAUCUCGCAAGCCUGGGACGCCUACCUAUCAUAGAGUAUUAUUAUGUGUAAAAACAAAGAAAAAUGCCCGACUUACCCCGUAAGAGCAUAUCUAUGUAUAUGUAUUACGAAAGCGUUACCGAUACUGUAUUAUACGACAUAUUAUACGUGUAUAAUUGAGAAAUUGAACGCGAUGUUGAUCGUAAAUGUUAAAAAUAAAAAGUGUACGAAAAAGUCA